GACAUUUGAAUCUCAUUCGCGUUCGAGAGAGGAGCGAAAGAGGAGGUGGUGCGUCGCGCGAUCCACUUCGAGUAGCACAAGAUCACACACGCAUGUGAACGCGUACGUGUAUGCACGCGCGGCAGUAAAGUCACAAGCCGAGAGAAGGAGCAGCCCCGCCGCGCGGUUUUAUCGCGCGUGAUCGCGUGGCAGUGGUGUGUUGUGCGCGACGUACGGUCGGUCUUCAGUUAUAAUCGUCGUAACGGAUAUUGUUUCGCGAAACAUGUUCGCCGAACGUUGAACUGCACUUUAGGAGAACAAUCGCAAAUAAGUGACGGAUCGCCGCGGCGUGUGUGUUCGUGCCGCAAAAAAAAAAAAGAACAGACUCCGUUGAGAGAUUCCUCCGUCUUGCCGUUUCAUCGUACAUCUGGUGACAAGAGGAGAAAUCGUCCAACAUGUACUCCGAUGGCCACGAGGUGGACGGCAGCUGGGUGCUGCACGUCUACGUGACGGAUCUGCAGGUCGAGAGGACUUUACGCGUGAAGGGAGAGCUGCACAUCGGCGGUGUUAUGCUGCGCCUCGUGGAGGAUCUCGACAUCGCCAUGGACUGGUCGGAUCACGCACUUUGGUGGCCGGCACGAAACCACUGGUUGACCAGAACACGUAGCACCUUGGAUCAGUACGGCGUAGCGGCGGACGCGUUGCUGCAUUUCACGCCGAUGCACAAGACCCUGAGGGUACAGCUGCCGGAUACGCGUUGCAUCGACUGCCGCGUCGAUUUUUCCGUCAAGACGUUCAACGCGGUUAUUAACUUGUGCAAGGAACUCGGCAUUAGACAUCCAGAGGAGCUUUCGUUCUGCAAGCCGCUCGAACCGAAUCACUUGAAGUACAAUCUGAAAGAUUUACCGGCCAAGAAGAAGAUUGAGAACCAGAAGAACGGUCACAUUAGGAACGUGCCGGCCGAUACGAACACUUUUAUCCCGGCUAGCCAGAGUCCCAGAGGAUCCACCGGAAGCUUAGAUCAGUCCAGUCCGUUUAUGUGCGCGCCAGUCACGCCCAACAACAGAAAUCACAGCACACCGAUCAGUUCUCCUGUCUCGCACACCGGCACAUGGAAGAGAAACAACUCUUCCGGCUUCGGCAGUACCGGUUCCUUCAAUGCCAACAACAGCACUAUGAGCCUCGAGGCGCUGAACGGCGGAUUGACGGAAUCCUUGGCGCAGAGUCCGACGUCGAUCUCGCCGGAAGCGCGAACGAAGCUGAUCAGACCGAAGAGCCUGAUCGAGAGAGCGAGGAUGAAUGUCGCCUGGCUGGACUCCUCUCUGUCGAUUAUGGAGCAGGGUAUCCGCGAAUUUGAUACGCUCAGGCUAAAGUUCAAGUUCUACUCUUUUUACGACCUAAAUCCGAAGACCGACGCGGUUCGAAUCAACAUGAUAUUCGAGCAAGCCAAGUGGCAAUUGCUCGCGGAAGAAAUCGACUGCACCGAAGAGGAAAUGUUGAUGUUCGCAGCACUUCAGGUACAAGUGAAUCUUCAGGCGAGCGUGCCGCAGCCCACGUAUGACAGUAAUGGGGCGACCUCGCCCGUCGAGGAUGACAUCGACGCGGCUUUAACGGAUCUGCAGGUGACCCUGGAAGGCAGCAAUAUCAGCAACGGGCCCAGCGACAUCACGCAAGUGCCCGAGCUCUGCGAUGAGCUGCGUUUCUUCAAGCCGAAGCGCUUCACGCUGAAGGCCUUCAAGCGUUAUUGGUUCACGUGCCGCGAUCUUCAGCUUAGACUCUACAAGAACAGGGAAGAAGCGGGCGGCUCGGAAUCGCCGGUCUACGUGAUCAAUUUGCGCGGCUGCGAAGUCACGCCGGACGUACAUUUGUCGCAAGGUCGUUAUGGAAUUAGGCUAGAAGUGCCCAGCGCUGAAGGCAUGACCGAGAUGUGGAUCAGAUGUGACAACGAGCAACAAUACGCAAAGUGGAUGGCUGCGUGCAGAUUAGCAGCCAAAGGCCGUACUCUCGCCGACGCGUCUUAUGAGAGCGAGGUCAACAGCAUCACAGCCUUUCUGCAAUUGCAGAGGCCCGCGCCCGCGCCGGCCAUCAAUCCAAAUGCUUUAGACAUCAUACCGGAAGACUACGUCGCGCCUAGAUUCGCAAAAAAGUUCAAGGGAAAGUUGGUUCAAAGAAUCUUGGAAGCGCACGCGAACGUUAAGGACUUGCCUCUCGUCGAGGCGAAGCUGAAUUAUAUCAAGGCCUGGCAGUCUCUUCCGGAGUACGGUAUUUCGCUCUUUGUUGUACGAUUUACAGGUAAGAACAAAGACGAACUGCUAGGUAUCGCCAACAACAGGCUGAUGCGGAUGGAGCUUCACAGCGGCGAUCAUUUGAAGACUUGGAGGUACAACACCAUGAAAGCAUGGAACGUUAAUUGGGAAGUAAAGCACAUGAUGGUACAAUUCGAGGAAGAGAAUAUCAUUUUCGAAUGUCAAUCAGCGGAUUGCAAAGUUGUCCACGAAUUCAUAGGAGGCUACAUCUUCUUGUCGAUGCGUUCGAAGGAAGCGAAUCAAACAUUGAACGAGGAGAUGUUCCACAAAUUAACUGGUGGAUGGGUUUAAUUCAUUUCUUUUAUAAAAUCGAGUGUAUAAAACCAAAACGGGUUCUAAUACUUUCUAAGAGAAAUAACGAUGAAUAAAAUAUUAAUCUACGUGUCGCGUCCAAUGCGCAUUGUCUGUUCCAGGACUGACGUUUGCAUGUAAACUGACACUUGUAAAAAUACUGAAAUCUGGUCGUAGUUAUCACAUUUUAAUGUUGUACGCUGUAAAUAGAAAAUAUUGUAUCACUUCUAGACACAAAUGGAAGAGUUUUAGCAUUAUUGUAGUUAAUUUGUUUGGCUGAGGGCUACUUCGAAAAGAUAUUUACUGGUGUGACCGAAUCAUUUUAUUUAUUAAGUAUUAAAGUUGACAAUCUUUAAAUUAUCUCUUCUUUUUUACGAAAAGUAAUCCUUUUUUUACAUUUACAAAUAGAGGUCUGCAAAACUGUAUUGUACGAUCAUGGAUUACACUUUUAUACAAAACUUUUUCUAUUCAUGAAAAAUUUAUCAUCAAACAAUACUAAAUUUACGAACGGAUACGUCAAGCACGCAGAAGCAAAAUCUGCAGCACAUGAAGUAGAGUAUUAAAGAACACUUUACAAGAACGAAAUGUCGAUUCUUAUUUAAUUUGAUCAUUGUUUUUACUUACUAGUAGUUGCAUAAAAUUUAAAUGAUUAAUGAUUAUAGCCCUCUUUCUCUCACGUAUUAAUCUCCUCUUUUAGUGUCACAAGGUGCUAUAUCGAACGAGCUCGAUUUCACACAUAAGAGACCGAAUCAUGUAAAUUAUUUGUUAUUUUAAUGUAAAUUAGAUAUAGAAGAAAAGUAUAUCACUUAAUACCGUUAUACACGUUGCAUCUACAGAAGAAACCACACAUUACAUGUAUGUGUAACAAAAAAAGAUUAUAGUUUUGUAUAUUAAUAUAGAUUAAUUGUACAAUAAACCUAUUAAUACAUUUGA